UUUACCAUGUCUGCAGAUGGAGAGCAAAUCAGAAUAGAAAAACCAAAUAGCACUACAAUGAUGGAAUUCAUUCUCUUGGGGUUUUCUGAUAAUCCACAUCUCCAAUGGAUUCUUUUUGCGGUAUUUUUACUCAUGUAUUUGAUUAUUCUGAUGUGCAACACCAUUAUAAUACUAAUAAUAGCUACUGAUACUGCUCUUCAGAUGCCUAUGUAUUUUUUCCUUAGCAAUUUUUCCUUUUUGGAAAUCUGUUAUGUUACAGUCACUAUCCCACGAAUGCUCAUGGACCUUUGUACACAAAAAGGAAAUAUUUCUUUGUAUGCCUGUGCUACACAAAUGUGUUUUGUCCUUUUGCUUGGAGGCACAGAGUGUCUCCUCCUAACAGCAAUGGCCUAUGACCGCUAUGUGGCCAUCUGCAACCCUCUGCACUAUGCUCUAGUCAUGAACCACAAGAUCUGCACGCAGCUGGUGGCUGCCUCCUGGAUCAGUGUAAUUCCAGUUGUGAUUGGGCAAACAUAUCAGAUUUUCUCUUUGCCAUUUUGUGGGUCUAACAGAAUUAAUCACUUCAUCUGUGACAUUCCCCCAGUCCUCAAGCUUGCUUGUGGUGACACAUUUGUAAAUGAGAUAGCAGUCUAUGUAGUUGCAAUGGUAUUUGUUAUGAUUCCAUUUCUGUUGAUCAUUGUCUCCUAUGGCAAAAUUAUCUCCAACAUUUUGAAACUGUCGUCAGCCAUAGGGAGGGCUAAGGCAUUCUCUACUUGUUCAUCUCACCUGAUAGUUGUUGUUCUAUUCUAUGUAACAGCAAGCAUCACUUAUUUACAACCCAAACCAAAUCACUAUGAAGGAAUCGGAAAACUCCUUUCUCUCUUCUACACCAUUUUAACCCCAACAUUGAAUCCCAUCAUAUACACUCUAAGGAACAAGGACAUCAUGGUGUCUCUAAGAAAACUACUAACCAAGUUAUUAGUAUGA